AAAGGAAAAAUCACCAUUUCAAACAAAACGCAUAAGUUUUAUUUUAUUUAUUGUUCAAGGUCUCUCCUUAAAAAGAAAAAAAAAAUCGAAAUCCUGAUCGUCCUUAUCAAAAUCAGACCCAAACCUCAAGUUUUAGAAACCCUAGCCAUUUCCGCUCUUUCAUUCUCUGCAAAAUCAUUCCCUCUUCAAACACUCUCUCUCUUUUUCAAUUGAGCCAUCUGAUCGCUCUCUGUGUCACCAUUUUCCAGAACCUUGAACGCCGCCGUUUGCCCGCUGCGAUCUCUGCCUUUUAGAUUCUAUCAAUUUUCACAGUCUCGAUGGCUGACGGAAAACUCGAUCUACCUGAUGAUCUCAUACCCUCAAAAAUCUGCUCUGACCACUUCCCUAAAGAUGAAGCUUGGGAUAGGAACUUGGAGGAGAAAGGACUGACCGGGCUACUUGAUGACAACAAAGAUCAACCAACUUCGGAGAGCAGCAUACCUCUGUCCCCACAGUGGCUUUACUCUAAAGUAGCCGAAGCAAAGACGUUAACUGUUGGAGCAUCUGGGGAUACAAAAACUCCAAAUUUGUUGCCUCAUGGAACCGCUGGCGACCCGAAUCUGAAAGAUAGUUGGCGUUUAGAUAGUUCUCAGGACAAGAAAGAAUGGAGGAGGACUGCACCUGAUCUUGAAAGCAGCCGACACUGGCGUGAAGAGGAGAGGGAAACAGGCUUACUUGGUCGAAGAGAUCGCAGAAAAGAAGACCGUCGCAAUGAUAUUUCUUCAACAAUGGAUGUUCCUGAAAAUAGGAUUUUGUUGUCUGCAGAACGACGUCAAGAUGUUAGUAGUCGUAGUUCAGGGCAUGAAUCUCGAAGGGACAACAGGUGGUCUUCGAGAUGGGGUCUUGAAGACAAAGAAAAGGAUUCUCGAAAUGAGAAGAGGACAGAUGUUAAGAAGGAAGAUGCCCCUUCUGACAAACAAGCACUUGCCAGUGGUGGGCGCACAGCUUCUGAGCGCGAGAACGAUUCUCGUGAUAAAUGGAGGCCACGUCAUCGGUUGGAAGUUCAUGCAGGUGGGUCUGCUUCUUAUCGCAGUGCUCCAGGUUUUGGUUUGGAGAGGGGGCGAGUGGAGAGAUCAAAUGUGGGUUUUGCAGCAGGACGAGGAAGGCCAAAUUCCAAUGCAAGCCUACAAAUUGGGAGGCCACAAUCUGCUUCUGUUAUUGGAGCUCUUCCUGUGGAUAAAAACAUGACCCUUAAUGCAUAUUCCUACCCAAGAGGAAAACUCCUUGACAUUUACCGCAAACAAAGGACUGCUCCAAAUUUUGACAACCUACCUGAUGAGAUGGAUCAUUUAUCCACAGUAACACAAAAAGAAAUUGUUGUGCCUUUGGCAUUUGUUCCGCCUGAUGCAGAGGAAGAGGCUGUCCUUGGAGAUAUAUGGAAAGGAAAAACAAUAAGCAGUGAAGUGGUCUACAACUCAUUUAUGGAUGCAAGUGAAGGAAAAGAGUGUUUCUCAGUUAACAGGAAGGAUAGUGUUGAACCUGGUGAGAAGGCUGCUGUAAACAAUAAUUUUGAGGGGAGUCAUGCUGAGACAUUUUAUGUGUCAGAUUCACAGAUGAUUAUGAGCAAGGAAAUGAAUAGUUCAAAAGAAGGUGGACAGAGAUGCAUGCCACCAUCUGAUGUAGAUGUAACCAAUGCUUUGGGGUUAGAUAGGGAGAUGGGUGGUUCCACAAAUUACAUGGAUGAAUUAAAAUCUUUUGAUAAUCGGCAAGUAGCUGAUUUGAAAAUGCAAAAGGACUCUAAUGUGAAGGACAACAGAUCAUCCAUGAAAUUUGGAGUGGGCGAGCUUCCGGAAGACUCAAGUUCUCUGUUUGGUUUUUCGUCACUACAGCCUAGAGUCGGCUGUAACCCGAUAAGUGUUGAGGGCAAUAUUGCUGCACAUUCUCUGGAAAGUGCUAUCCCUCCUGAGGAUAUGAGCCUGUGUUAUCUUGAUCCUCAAGGGGUAAUUCAGGGACCGUAUUUGGGGAUCGACAUAAUUUCAUGGUUUGAGCUAGGUUAUUUUGGUACAGAUUUACCUGUUCGAUUGGCAAAUGCUCCUGACGGGUCGCCUUUCCAAGAACUUGGUGAAGUCAUGCCUCACCUAAGAAUGGAUCCUGGUUCAGCCUCCAGUGUUAGUGCAGUUGCCAGAAUGCGAGUACCUGAUCAUUUUGAAGGGAGCUUGGAAGUCCCCAUAUCUUCUUCUGCUUCUGCUCCUGCUCAGGGAUCUGCCAUUGGACGUGAGCUGCAGCAAUCUUUGUCUCCUUUUGAGGCAUCUGGUACUAACUUUCAGUUAAGAGGGCCUUCUCAAAGUUAUCAUUCUGAGCACCAAUUUUAUGAAGAUCCAAACAUCCAUAAUUUUGCUGUUGCUCAAGCUGAUGGUAUGUUUAAUGGGUUGCACCUACUGUUUAUAUUGUUAACAAUUGUGUCUGUUAAUGAUGCCUGCCUUUCCAUGUGUGAUGCAGAAAUCUUUUUUUCAGGAAGGCCUGGAAGUGCUGGUGCUGACCCUUUGAAAGUUUCUGCUGAGAUGCAAGAUCCUUUGCGUCAUCCUGCAAGUCAUUUAUCCAUUGCAAAUGAAUUUUCAAAAACCAAUGCACCUCAUCGAGGUGAUGAGUUGCUCCCAGAGGCUUGGUCUGAUGAUCAUAGAAGAAAUGCUGUGUUUAAUCCUAACAUUCAUCUAGGCACUACUGGUGCUAGGCCAUUAUCUCACAGGGAGCAAGAACACAAUGGUUUGGACCUGGUACAGCACUUAAUGUCACAAAAGUUUCCCAAUGAACCUCUUCAAGAGAAAAACAAUUUCUUUCAUGCCCUUCCACAUUCGACUGGAUUUGGUGUGGAGCACAUCCAUAGUUUUGAUCUGAUGCAGAGCAAGAAUCUCAAUCAUCAGCAGUCAGUCCAUCAUUCAGCUCCCCAUAUGGAACAUCUUUUGGAACUUCAAUUUGAACAGCAGCGGCAGUUGGAACUACAACGGCAGCAGCAUCAGUUGGAGCUUCAGAGGCAGCAGCAGUUGGAGCAUCAGCGGCAGCAGCAGUUGGAGCUUCAGCAGCAUCAACGUCUGUUGGAGCUUCAGCGGCAGCAGCAGUUGGAACUUCAGCAGCAUCAACGGCAGUUGGAACUUCAGCGGCAGCAGGAGCUUCGUCACCAUCAAAUUGAACUGUUGCAGCAGUUGCAACAACAACAUCUGCAGCAGCAGAAUUCUCAAGCUCAACAUAUUCUUCUUGAUCAAUUGCUGCAGCAUCAGAUUUCUGAUCCUGGCUAUGGUCAGGAGGUAUUUGAUGCUGCUAGAGACAUCCAACUUGAUCAGGUUCAGUUUCAAAGGCAUCUUCUAAGUGAAUUGCAGAAUAAUUCUCAAGCAUCAAGGCACCUGGAUCCAUCACUGGAGCAGAUCAUCCAAGCAAAGAUUAACCAGAGUGCAGUCCAAGGGCAACAGGCUGAUUUUUUGGAUUUCAUGUCACAAGCAAAGUAUGGCAACAUGCUUCCUUCGGAGCAUCAGCUCCGUCUUCAAAGAGAGCAGUUUCAAGUGCAGCAGUUAUCUAGGUCGCUGAGCCAACAAUUAGGAAUGGAGGAGGAUAGACAACUUGCUGGUUCUUUGUCUGUAGAUGAAGUUGGUCAGUUUGUUAGGAAUCCUGGCAUUCAUCCCCAGGCUCUAUCAAUGGAGUUGAAUGGUUCAGAUCUUCACCAGAAGAGGCUUUCAUCUUUUGAAGAGCAAAUCAGCAAUAUUAAAAGGAAUCAUGCUUUGUGGGAGCAACAGCAGCGAGGGACUUUUGACCCCAGCCCUACAGCAUUUGCCAGGUCUGCUCAUUCUGCUGCUGCUCCUGGGAUGAAAUUAGACAAUGUAAAUUCUCUAGAUCUUGCUGAACGUCUCUAUAUGCACUCUAACAACCAACUGGGUCCAUUUUCUUCUGGUAAUCACUCUUUUAGCCAACAAACUUUGGGUGAUGUAUAUGCAUCUCGUCCAGAUUUAGUCUACCACUCUGGAAAAAAUGAGCAGCUAGAAAAUAGUUGGGCAGGAAAACAGAUGCAACAAUUAAAUCUUGAAGCAGAUUUGCAAAGAAGGGAGUCCGAAGUUGAUUCAAGCACUUGGACAUCAGCUGGAGGGAUUCAUGAAAAGUCUAAGAAAGCUUUAAUGGACCUUCUUCACCAAAAACUUGGUAUUCAAUCGACAAGGUCAUCAGAAGGAGAUUAUCAGUAUCCUACUUCAUCUUCCAGAGGCAGGGAAAGCUUUUGGCCUGUUUCUGAGCCACAAGCUUCCAAUUUUCCUUUUACUCAUUUCUCGAAUCAAGAAGUUCACGUAAACAACUCAUAUCUGGAAGGCCCUCAAAAUUCCAAUUCAGGUGCCUUAUUGCAAGAUCAUUUGUUUGGAGUUGCUGCUAAUGGUGGUGUCAACCAGGUGGUUAACUGUGAACGAUUGCCUCAUAAAUCCAAUCCGGGUUCAUUUGCUGAAGAUCAGUUAUUGUUGUUGGGCGCCGAAGAUCUGUCUUCUAGUAGUUAUGCAGAUGCUAGCUUAGUGUCAAAAUCUGCUGUGAAUAAGGAAUUGGGCGAACUGGAGGGGAAGGAGCAGAAAAAUGGAUUGAAAAGCAUGAUUUCAAGGACUGGUUCUGUGUCGGGGUUUGAGGACAAUAUUUUGGAGCAAGUAGAGAUGCCUUUGGACUGUGUUGACCUACAAAGUAGAACCCAUAUCCGUCAUGGUUCACUUUGUACCGGUGUCAAUGGCAGGUUGUACAGUAAUGGAAUUGGAUUAGAGAAAUCAGUUGAAGACCGUCCUGAUGAUAGGUUACUGUCUGGGGUGCCGAAAGGGGAUGAUAAAGUUGCACAGAUUUCAUCAUCCAAGGAUAUGUUUUCCGAUCAAAACACAGUGCCAUUUGUGAAGCAGAAAAGCCUUACAAGUCAGGCAAAGAGGACAGUAGAAACGGAGGCAUCGGGCAGGAAAGAUGUGAGUAUGAGGAGGACCUCAUCUUAUAAUGAGGCUGUAGUGUCUGAAGCAUCAUUCAUGGAGAUUCUUAAGAAGCCGGCUCUUCAUGGGGCAGAGGUCCCCGUGUAUGGCUCUGCUUUUGAGCCAGCAUCAUCUGAUGGUGCUUCACAAGCUGGACGAAGUGGCAAGAAAAAAGGGAAAAAGGGAAGACAGAUUGAUCCUGCCUUGCUUGGUUUUAAGGUUACAAGCAACCGUAUCUUGAUGGGUGAGAUCCAGCGCCUUGACGAUUAAUUUUUCUCGUUUACACGCGCCAUGUCUUGUUGUACAUUUCCUGUAAAUUCUUUUACUUUCUUUUUUCGCUUUCUAUAGAUGAUUUUUAAUUUUGUAUAGUAUAUUCGAGGUAAUUAAUUGAUUUUUUCCUUAAAAAUAAUAAAA